CAAACAUGGGCAAGUUGUAGCCAUCCACCAAGCUGACAUCGUAGAAGUCUGUGGUCCCGGACCGAGGGUGAAUUCCGCCAGAGUGGCGGGUGGAACGCCACCGGCUCCAUUGCAUUCAAUUUGAUCGGAGCCACAGUCGCCGGUGGCACAUGAUCCUUGGCCUGCUUCGUCGAAGCUGCAACUUGUUCGGCCCCAAAAUCUGCCUGACCAGCCGGUGGAGGCUUGGAAUGAACGAGAAAUCCCUUUCGUGAGCUCAAAUCCAGUACUGUCGAGUUUACCGCUGCCGUAAUUGGCUAGAAUCCCCGGCCAAACAUGCAAAGGCGUGCAGAGGCGUCUAGAGCCAUGCCACAGAGAAAGAGCAGAGACAAAGAGGUUCAGCCAGCCCAAGCUGAGCAUGUAGAUGACAGUCCACCCCACUCUAAGGGUGAAAAUGAUCCCAUCACUUUUCUCCUAGUGUCACCUUUGGCAGAACGAUCCUAUGGAAAUCCAGUAUUUAAGGAGAAAGAAGCAGACCGUGGGGCAUUCAAAGAACAGAACCAGGCUAUGCGGAGACUUGUUAAGAGUCAAGCAGAAUCUUCCAGACGUCAAGAAGAGAUAAUUAGACAAUGUAUGGAAGACUUGAGAGGGGUCUUUGAAGAAGGUAUUAGAGUGAUGCGAGAAACUGGGGAAGAAAGUCGCAGAACAUUGCAGGUUGUUUCAGAACAAGUGGUUGAGCAAGUGCGACAGCCCAGACCUGAGAUCCCUCCUCCAGUCGUUGAAAUGCCUAGACAGAUUCAGGAAGCCCUAAUCCCAGCACUCGGGGGACAGCAUGAACCAUUGGAGGCUGUUGCUCCUGUUGCAGACCAUGGCCAUCAACCUCAGCAUAGGUAUAUUCCGCUAGACUUGUCGCGGUUAGCCCAAAAGCCUGGAGAGUCGUCUGAGGCAUUCCUUGCUAGGUUCCGGAGAGUUAGACUGAAAUGUCGAGUUGCACUACCAAAACAGGAAUUUUUCGAGUUAGCUCAGAAUGGUCUGGAUAUUGAGCUCCGAAAGAAAUUUGAGGGGAUGGAAUUUCGAGACUUCUACGAAUUGUUUUAUAAAGUGGCUCGGUAUGAAAAUUUGCUGAAAGAAGAUGUUCAAAAGAAAGCUGCAUCACAUGGAACCUAUUACAGUGACCCUAAUUUUGAUCUUGAUGUGGCUGAGUUGGUUAUAGACAAGCUUGUUGUUUGUCCAGACCUUGUCAGACCAACUCACCAGCCUGAGACAUUUGUGAGACGUUAUGUUGGUGAGGUUGGAAAACAGUAUACUUUUGAUGUGUCAAAAGCUAGUGAUAUAUUCGACCACCUUAAAAAGAGUGACAAAGCGAAGGAAACCAUGGGAGUAAACGCAGAUCCUUUUCCAGCUGUGUCUGUCGGUGUGAAUGUUGCAUACUUGAGGAGUGUUGCUAGAAAUCGUAGUCUGCCUUAUGCUCAAAGGAACCUUGUUGUUGAAGACCUAAGGUGGGUUAUUGAGGCACAAAGGUCCAGACAUAGCAGGAGCAUCAGGCAACAGAAGCAGGUGGAGGUUGAGGCAAGUUCAUCUCGCAGACCACGUCAACAUACCAAAAGGGACAUGGUGUGGGUGAGAAAAGAGAAAAAGGAGGUUGUAACCCAAACUCUACUGGAAGGGGAUGGCCAAUCUCUAGCUUCUCCAAAGGUGGUAUUUGUCAUUGUGAGUCAAGACGGAGUUUUGAAAGCAACUUUUGAAGCACAAGAACAGUCUGGGAAUCGUGGAGCUGAAUCAAAAGAAGAUGGCACCAUUCAUUUUGGGGAAUUCUUAGUGAAUUUGUCAUGUAUGGUGCUUACAUUACCCUUAGUUUUCCAAGCUAAGAAGGAGGAGGAACCAAUCGUCUGUGAGUUCCCAGAACAGACAGAAGAAGAGGUAAUCGUUGUUCCAGCUCAGGAUGAUGAAGAGAAGGACAUGUUUGACAAAAUUGUGUUUGAAAAACUAGAAGAAAAGAUGGCCAGACACAUUAUGCCACUUUAUAUCAAUGCUCACAUGGAUGAGACUCCAAUCAACCGUGUCUUGAUGGAUAAUGGAGUUGCAGUUAAUGUUCUUCCAACUUGCAUGCUCUACAAAAUAGGCAAGUCUCUUGAUGAUUUAGUGCAUACUGAGGUUACAAUUAGUGAUUUUACAAGAGGGGUGAAUCGUUCAAGGGGCGAGGAGGCAGACCAAGGUGAUGAAAUAACUUUGGAGGAGCUAGAUCUUGCCCCAGCCAAGUUGGAUGAUUUAAAAGCUGAAGUUCAAGACCCACUGGAGGGGAUCAAUCUAGGGUCUGAAAAAAUGCUAGGUCUAGAUCGAAAAUUGGUGGAACAUAAACUGCCAAUUGCAGAAGGAUUCAGACCGUAUAAACAGUCGCCCAAACACAUGUCUGCAGAGGUCACCUUGAAGGUGAAAGAAGAAAUUGAGUGGUUGGUAAAAGCUGGAUUCAUUCGGACAUGCAGGUAUGUAGAACGGUUAUCAAAUGCAGUGCAUGUGCUGAAAAAGAAUGAACAAUUAAGAGUCUGUGUUGAUUUUCGAAACUUAAACUUAGUCACACCAAAGGAUGAGUAUCUUAUGCCAAUUGCAGACUUGUUGGUUGAUGAAGUAGCUCGUCAUAAAAUUUUAUCCUUCAUGGAUGACCAUAGUGGGUACAACCAAAUUUUUAUUGCAGACACAGAUGUUCCAAAGACAACGUUUCAAUGCCCAGGUGCUGUUGGAACUUUUGAAUGGGUUGUGAUGCCAUUUGGUUUGAAGAACGUUGGAGCUAUCUAUCAAAGAGCCAUGAAUGCAAUUUUUCAUGAUAUGAUUGGUAAGUUCAUGAAAAUCUAUAUUAAUGAUGUUGUGGUGAAGUCACAUGGAGAAGAAGACCACUUGGUCCAUUUGAGGAAGUCUUUUGAAUGGAUGAGGCAACAUUGCUUGAAAAUGAACCCAUUAAAGUGUGCCUUUGGAGUGUUUGCAGGUAACUUCCUUGGGUACUUGGUGCAUGAGCGUGGUCUGGAGGUUGACAAGAACAAAGCCAGGGCUAUGAUUGAGGCAAAACCACCACAGAACAAGAAGGAGUUGCAGAGAUUUCUUGGCCAAGUUAAUUUCUUAAGACGUUUCAUUUCUAACUUGGUUGGGAAAACCAGAGUCUUUUCUCCUCUGUUGAAACUCAAGUCUGAGAUGGAUUUUAAGUGGGAAGAACACCACCAGUCUGCUUUUGAUAUGAUAAAGCGUACAGAAACCAUGUCUGGAGCUGGAGUUGUCGUAAUCUCCCUGUUUGGGCUAAAAACACAGAUGUCUUUCCAGCUGGAUUUCGAUUGCACAAAUAAUCAAGCAGAAUAUGAAGCUUUGAUUAUUGGUCUUGAGAUGUUGGUGGAGUUUAAAGUAUCCAUGGUUGAGGUUAUAAGGGACUCACAACUAGUCUUAAAGCAAUUGUCUGGUGACUACAAAUGUACUAGCCUUGCUUUAGCCCCUUAUUUUGCUUUGGCUGUGCAAUUACUAGAAGAGUUUGAUGAUGUUUCCAUCAGACAUAUGCCUAGAGACCAGAACUAUGAAGCUAAUGAAAUGGCCUAGAUUGCUUUAGGUUUGCGAAUUCCUGAAGGUGUAAUGCAGAAAGUUGUAAUAGUUGAAAAGCGCAGUCUGCCAUCAAUU